GGGAGAUGGAGAGUGAAAUUAGGGGUGACAUGAAGAGGACCGGAAGACCUGAAGAGUAUAAUUCUCUGUAAAGAAACCAGCAAGGUUUUGCCAUUACCUUCAGCACUUUAUGGGGACCCUCUCUAUGCCUGAAUCAUCCAGAAGAAUUCUGGAAUGGAAUAAGAUCUAAGCCAAUGGAGUCCCAUGAAGGAUACUGUUCCCUAAUACUGCAAUGGAGUGAAAAGAGACGGUCGCUGGACCAUACACAACCCUAGGGUCCUGGACCUAGAGAGACGCUUGUAAUCUGUGGAUCUGAGGACUCGAGUGUUCGAAUGCCCUGCAUUUCUUUGAAAUCCAUUUUAAUUUGCAAAUACAAAAUAAAGAUAUUUUGAAAGAUAAUAACUAUGAAUUUUAGUGUCAAUCAGCGCCAAUAGUUUGGAGUUAGUGGUGAGAUACCCAAGGUUUUUAGUAAGAUUUUAACCUUGUUUUACCAGUUGCAUCCCAAAUUGACCUUGAUAAUGAUACCAAGGCCAUUUCAAUGGUUAUAGGUCCAACGAUCUUCUACUCAAAGGAGCUUGUCCAUUGCAGGAUUUCCCAAAUGAAUGUGUUUGAAUAAUUUCAAAAAAUACCAUGUAUGGAUUGAAAUUGUCAAUUUGAAUUCUCAGGAAGUUUUGUAUCAACAUCAGGCCCACUCCCUUCGACGCCAUACUUGUUUUAGAGAUUGUGAAGCUGCCGUCAACAACGUGAAAUUGUGCUACCCAUAAAGCAUAUGGGAAAGCUAGUCUUGGAAAUCUCGAAUGGAGUUUUCCCUUGUACAGUAACAAAAGACAUCUCUGUUACCAGAAUGGAUUUGAUACCAGUUUAGACAGACAGUGGAGUUACGUCUGGAAAAACUCAAUGGCGAAGAUCACACGGGAAAGAUAAGUCUGUUUUCAAAAUGAUUUGUCAGGUUUCUUCUGCAAAGAGAAAAAACAUUCUGCAGUCUUUCUAAAUUCACCGAAUCAUGGCGUGUCAUGACAUGCCCUGCAUCCUGAGACGGAACUAUUUAAGACAAUUGAAUACUCAAGAAUCUUGUGAAUGAAUCCAAGAGUCCUAGAACAGAAAUCUUGGUUGUCCUUGGUGUGUUUGUUCUUCAACAUUGCUGGCUUGAGGACUCUUUUCACCUCUCUGGUAAUCUCCGUCAUAUGUAGAGCCAAUCAGGAUUUUCCAAAAUGGCUACCUGUUGGAGACUGGGAGCUUGUAGCCUGUUGGUGGCCCUUUGGCUUUUGCAUUGCUGUAGUUGUGGAUGGUCAGAGACCACAAGGACUAAUGGCGUGGCCAAGGGUGAAACGAAGGAGCAGGAGCUCAUGUCCCAUGAACGAGUGAAGAGAGGAUGGGUGUGGAACCAGUUCUUUGUGGUGGAAGAGUACACAGGCACGGAACCACUCUACGUUGGAAAGAUCCACACAGAUUCGGACGAGGGCGAGGGGAACAUCAAGUACACCAUCUCCGGGGAAGGGGCGGGCACGAUCUUCAUUAUCGACGAGCUGACGGGCGACAUCCACGCCACCGAGCGAUUAGACCGCGAGGAGCAGAGCUACUACACCCUCAGAGCUCAGGCCCGGGACCGGCUCACCAACCACCUGCUGGAAUCCGAGUCAGAGUUUGUCAUCAAAGUCCAGGAUAUCAACGACAGUGAACCCAAGUUCCUGGAAGGGCCCUAUAUCGGGAGUGUGGGAGAGCUUUCACAAAUAGGAACAUCGGUGAUGAAGGUCACUGCGUCAGAUGCAGAUGAUCCUACAUACGGGAGCAGUGCCAGGGUUGUGUACAGCGUGCUGGACGGAGAGAGGUUCUUCACAGUGGACAGACAGACAGGACUGAUUCGGACGGCCGUGGCAGAUCUGGACCGGGAGAAGCAGGAUCGCUACGAGCUGGUCGUCAAGGCAACCGACAUGGCAGGCCAAAUGGGCGGUCUCUCCGGCUCCACCACAGUGACCAUAGUUAUCACAGAUGUUAAUGACAACCCACCACGCUUUCCGCAGAAGAUGUAUCAGUUUUCAAUGUCUGAGGGGGCAGCCGUGGGGACGCCGGUGGGGAGGGUGAUCGCCACGGACGCGGACAUGGGGGAGAACACAGACAUGAGCUACCUGAUCAAAGAUGAGGAGGGCGGGGAACUCUUCAAAGUCACCACCGACAGUGACACGCAAGAGGCCAUCAUCACCAUCAAAAAGGCAUUGGACUUUGAGAGCAAGCGCACACACAACGUGGUGGUGGAGGCUGUCAACAAGCACGUAGACCCCCGCUUCUCGGAGCUGGGUUCUUUUCGGGACCAGACCAUCGUGCGGGUCAGUGUAAACGACAUUGAUGAGCCGCCUGUCUUCCACCCUGCUAAGGGAACCAUCUUGGAGGUCCAGGAGGAUGCUAGGCUAGGGGCGCUGGUGGGCACUGUGACUGCCAAGGACCCGGACAUGGAGAACGCGCCUGUCAGGUACUCUAUUGACCAGAGUACGGACCAGGAGCAGAUCUUCCACAUUGAUCCAGUUUCGGGUGCCAUCACGCUGGGCAAUAUUCUGGACCGAGAGACGGCUGGCUGGCACAACAUUACUGUGAUGGCAGUGGAAGCAGAUAAUGUAUCCCAGAUAUCCCAUUCGUCAGUGAGCAUUCGUAUCCUGGAUGUGAAUGAUAACCCUCCUGAACUGGCCACGCCCUAUGAGGCAUCCAUCUGUGAGGAUGCCAAGCCGGGUCAGCUCAUUCACUCUAUCAGCGUGGUGGAUAGGGACGAGCCGCAGUUGGGCCACCGCUACUACUUCACCCUGGCACCGGAGGCCACCAACAACCGCCACUUCACCCUGUGGGAUGUCAAAGACAAUACUGCGGGAAUCCGGACACAGCGCUCAGGCUUCAACCGCCACGAGCAGAACGUCUACCUUCUGCCUAUCCUGGUAGUGGAUAGCGGGCCUCCCGCCCUGAGCUCCACGGGCACCUUGACCAUCCACGUGUGUGGCUGUGACCCGGAGGGCACCAUCCAGUCCUGCAAUGCCACCGCCUACGCCAUUAGCACCUCACUCAGUCCCGGGGCCCUCAUAGCCCUACUGGUUUGCAUGCUCAUACUCAUUGUCCUGGUGCUGCUAAUCCUGACCCUGAAGCGUCACCGCAAGGGCCAGAGCAUGUCGGAGGAUGAGGAGGACAUGCGCGACAAUGUCAUCAAGUACAACGACGAGGGUGGCGGCGAGCAGGACACGCAGGCCUACGACAUGAGUACCCUGCGCAACCUCUUUGACUUUCCAGAGACCAAGGGUAGCUCGUCCGAGUCAGGCCCUGAACUACGCACGCUGCCCCAGUGGAUUCAGGGGCGGAUGAGUGGUGACGGCGAGGCGGCCGACUUCUCCCUCUUCAAGGGCUACAUCCGCAAGAAGGUGGAGCAGACAGAUGGCGACCUGUCGGUGCCGCCCUACGACUCAUUCCAGACGUACGCCUUCGAGGGAAACAGCUCGCCAGCCCUCUCUCUCAGCUCCAUCCACACCCUGUCCACCACAUCUGAUCAGGAUUUCUCCUACCUCAGCGACUGGGGGCCGCGCUUCAGGCAACUGGCGGGAUACUAUGCCCCGGGACAUCCUGAGGAAGACGGCUCCUAGCGGUGUCCUCGGCCCAGACCCUUUCUCCUUUUCCAUCCCCAGCACUGUAUCAAGAGCCCAGUGUCAAAACUGUCCUAAAAAGCACUCCUCCAACUCCUUCAGAGCAACAGAACUGAAUCCCAGUCAGUGUGAGUCGGAAAUCAAUUUGGUCAACAACAAAAAAUCUUAUUUCGAAACUUCAAGUUUGACUUUUUUUCAAAGAGAAACAUUGAGUUUUCACAUGGUUUGAAAAGUCAUGGUGAAAGGUGGGCUGAUUAAAUGAGGGAUUAAAGGAGGUGUUAUCCAUUCACUAUUCCCUUUACAGUAAAGAACAAAGGAGUAAGACGUAAUACAAAAUAAGUGGUGCGCCACAGAUUACAAUACAAUUACAUUUUACAUUUGUUUCUGGGUAUUUUCUGUCUGGAGUCAAAGACUGGUCCAUUUUUAGCUUUGUGAGUGUGGAGGCUCUGAGGACAUUCAGAGAAAUGAACAUUAUGAAACUCAGCAGGGGGUUAAUAUGUAUGUGUGAUAAAUAUGUAUUUAUUUAUGAACAAAUAUUAAUGUAUUUAUUCCUUUUGUAUUUAUGUAUUUAUUUUGUCCAUAAUCACCGCACCACUUGUAACAAUGGACAUCAAUGAAGAAUGAUACAGAAAUAUUUAUUAUGGUGAAAAAACCUGAGGAGAGAAGAGCUUCUGUAUAAGCACGUAGCAGAGGACUUCACAAAGGUGAUAUUUGGGUCACAAACAACUACAGUCUUGGAAAUAUUUGUAUUUAUUUUUCAGGAACACUUUUGUAAAAUAGACAACACGACUGGAAGACGGAGCGCGACUAAAAAGAAAAGGGUCAGAGAACAAAGGAUGAGUCGAUUCAGUGCAAAGAUUGGUUUUGGUUUGAUAUGCUUUCAAUGUAUUGUAAACAUUUCUAAGGUGUGAUGAAGGAUGUGGGACAUUAGGUGUUAACUGGGUUUUUGCUUUUUCACCGCCAUUUAAAAGGCAAUAAGGCACAAUCCGCACAAGUGAUUCAAGACUAUACUGUAUGAAAUGACUGUGUUUUUUUCAUGGAGUUGGGUAUUUGUUCAUUCCAGAAUUUGUAUGUGUGUGUCCAACUUGUUUUCUAUUCCAGAAGAUUUGAUUACUUUUAUUUCACAGGGUGGAUGAAUAUGUGGGGUGACAGGUACAGAAAUAAGGGAUGAGUAGAUGGAAUUCCUCCACCCAGUAUCCAAAACCUAUUAAAUGUUGAUCUUAAACUUGCAAAUGUAUGGAAAAUAAAAUCAAUA